AUGUCUGUUUCAUGGACCAUGAGUGGUUACGCUUGCAACCAACCCCAACUCUACUCUCAAUGCAAUUGUCCAUCCUUCUGCAGUAGCUACAUGCAACAGCCACAAUACAGCCCCUGCGGAUACUCCAAUGGAUGUUCCGGCGGUGGAGGAUACUACCCCAGACGUCGUCGACCACACCGAAAGCAUCACAAAAAGCCACGUCGCAAGUUCCGUUUUGAUUCUGAUGAGGAUGGAGAUAUCCCACCACCACCGCCAACAAGAAAGAGCAAAGUUUCAAGAUUGGAGAGUGAGGAACAAGGAUUUAUUGAGGAGAAGGAAACAACGAGAGUUACUUCUUCUGGAGGUGCUGGAGCAGGAUCAAGAGGGUCUACUGGAGGAGAUGAUGGUUGGGAGAAUGAGGAUCUCUGGGAGAAGAAGUUUGUGACCGACAGAACUAACACCAAAGCAGAAGAGAAACUAGACUCCGAGGAGUUCCCAGAAAUCACAAGCGAAGAAAUUGCCGAAGCUCACCGUCGCAGAACAUCCACAAUGCCACCACCACGAGUUGUUCAGCCCCAACCACAACCAGUACAACCAGCAGGAGGUGGUCUUGGAGGACUUGGUCUUGGAAACGGAGGAUUAUUUGGAAUCAGCAGUGGAGUUGGUGUCGGUGUUCCUGGUGUUGGUCCGAUUGGAAUCUCCAGUGGUCUGGGAAUUGGAAAAUAA